AUGGGCUCUCCUUCUGAACAACCACAAAGUCCUCAGGAUAAUGUCACCGAUCAGCUUUUACAGAAGUCUGAGACGCUGCUGAAGAAGCUGGGAACCAGGAACAACGUCAAGGUGUGGUUCUACAACCAGGCAUGGCACGCCGUGGUGUCUUUCCUCAGUGUGGCCAACAAUGCCAUCCUGAGGGGAAAUCUGCCAGCAGACAAGAAUCCCCGCCAGUUCGGCAUUUCUGUGUCCAAUCACCCCCUCAACCUCACCAAAGAGCAACUCUCCUUCAUGGCCUUGGCCACAUCCUUCACAGACGUGGUAGUGUCCAUCUGCGUUAUCUUCGCCAUGUCCUUCAUCCCUGCCAGCUUUGUCCUCUUCCUCAUCCAAGAGCGAGUGACCAAAGCCAAGCAUCUGCAAUUUGUCAGUGGAGUGAACCCCACUAUUUACUGGCUGGCCAAUUUUGCCUGGGACAUGUGUAACUACAUCAUCCCUUGUUUGAUUGUGAUUGUGAUCUUCCUCGCCUUUCAACAAAAAGCCUAUGUUUCCCCUCCUAACCUGCCUGCACUGAUUCUGCUGCUUAUCCUCUAUGGGUGGUCCAUCACCCCCAUGAUGUAUCCAGCCUCCUUCAUCUUCAGUGUUCCCAGCACAGCUUACGUGGUUCUGACCUGCGUUAACCUCUUCAUUGGUAUUAAUGGGAGCAUCGCCACCUUUUUUAUGGAGCUCUUUGAUGAUGAUAAUAUUUCUCGCAUCAAUGACAUAGUGAAGCAGGUGCUGCUCAUUUUCCCACAUUUCUGUCUGGGCAGAGGACUAAUUGACAUGGCCAAGAACCAGGCAAUGGCCACACUCUUCAGCAGUUUUGGUGAAGACCGUUUUGAGGAUCCACUCAGUUGGGACAUGGUGGGAAAGAAUCUUUGUGCGAUGUCCAUCCAGGGAGUGGUGAUGUUCGGGAUCACAUUCCUUAUCCAGUACAAGUUCUUCUGUAAACCAAGGCUAACUUCAGGGAAAUCAUUACCUGCAGAGGAGGAGGAGGAUGUCGAUGUUGCUCAAGAACGUGAUCGAGUGUAUAGAGGCAAAGCCCAGAAUGACCUUCUGAGGAUGUGGGACCUCACUAAGGUGUACCCUCGGAAGAGCACCCCCGCUGUGGACAGGAUAUGUGUGGGCGUGCCUGCUGCAGAGUGUUUCGGCUUACUGGGAAUCAAUGGAGCUGGGAAGACCACCACAUUCAAGAUGCUGACAGGGGAUAUCCCGGUCUCCAGUGGAGAGGCCUUCCUAAAUGGAUACAGCAUACGAACAGAAAUGAGGGAUGUGCACCAGAAUAUGGGCUAUUGUCCACAGUUUGAUGCGAUCGAUGACCUGCUCACUGGACGAGAACAUCUGGAGUUAUACGCCAGGUUGCGGGGAGUACCAGAACACGAGGUCGCCAUGGUGGCUGAGUGGGGUAUCCAGAAGUUGGGGCUGAUCAAAUAUUCCAACAAGUCAGCAGGAACCUACAGCGGUGGGAACAAACGAAAACUUUCUACUGCUAUAGCCCUGAUUGGUUGUCCUCCAGUGAUCUUCCUGGAUGAGCCAACGACUGGGAUGGACCCCAAGGCCCGGCGCUUCUUGUGGGACUGCAUCCUAAGUGUCAUCAAAGAGGGACGCUCGGUCAUUCUCACGUCGCACAGCAUGGAGGAGUGUGAGGCACUGUGCACACGAAUGGCCAUCAUGGUCAAUGGUCGCUUCAAGUGUCUCGGAAGCAUCCAACAUCUAAAGAGCAGAUUCGGGGAUGGCUACACGGUGAUAGUGAGGGUUGGUGGUUCUCCUCCGGCCUUGAAGCUAGUCGAGGACUUUGUCCAGCAGACCUUCGCAGGCAGUGUCCUGAAGGAAAAGCAUCACAACACGCUGCAGUAUCAGCUGCCAUAUGCAGAGGGAGCGUUGGCCACCAUCUUCAGCCAGUUCACCAGCCACCAGCAGAGGCUUGGUGUGGAGGAUUAUUCUGUGUCACAGACCACUCUGGAUCAGGUCUUUGUGAAUUUUGCGAGGCACCAGCACACAGAAGAGGAGUCUCAGGGCUACAACAACCCAGUGGACAUUUCAGAUGAGCUUCCUGUGCCACCUUCCAUGGGGGGUAGAGAAGGUGUAUAGUCCACACCUACAGUAGCCUGCAAUAUAUUGUAAUCAAAAGUGAAUGCAUGUGAUUUUUCUCUGCAAAGAUGCAGUCCUAAUUAAUACUCUUAACAUAGGCACGACCUAUUGUUUGUGAUAUACACUUUGCACUGUUUGUGAAGGUGUCUGUCUGUGUGUGUGUGUAAAAAAACAAAAGCUAAAAAUGAUCUCUAAUGCAACAAAUCAAAAACCUAAAAUACUACAAAUGUAUAGCACUGUUAAUAUAGCCUCCAUCCAGUGUGGACAUGAAUACAGUAGAUUUAGUAGAGUUAGAAUUAAGGGCCACAUAGUUGAAAUAUUAAUAAAGCACAUGUGGACGUCAGAUUUGAAAACUGCUGACACCAUAGGCUGUAUUUAAAAAUGGAUGUAGCUUUUUUUGGUAGCAAAACAAAAAAAACAAACUUCAGUUAUGAGGCACUGAGAUUGACAGUUUGACUGGCGCCAUGUCAGUUUCUGAGACCAGAGGUUCACACCUGUUACCUGCAACCAGGCUUCUGUUGGACAAUACCAGCUGUCAAACACUCAGGUGUUCUCUUAUAUUCGCUGUGCUCUCUUAUCUAUUUUUCUCUGUAUCAGAAAAUCGAUUACAAAAUUGCCAUAAUAUUCUUUUGAAGAAGACACUGAACUCCUCAGGGAAAGGUUUACUGAUCUUAUAAAUUUAGACAAAACAUGGCUUAUUUUCCCUUGGAUUCUUGAUUGAGAGUUCUUUUUGCAACCAGUAGAGUCGCCCCCUGGAGGCUAACUGCUACUUUUUCUCUACGUCUUGGUUUUCACUUUUCACACCAGUAGACUACAUCCAUUUUUAUACAAUAUACCUCAAGAACAUAAAGGGCUGAACUAUUCCUGAGUACAGUUGUUUACAUGUAUUGUUGUAUACAUUAUUAUAGGUUGGCAUUGGCUUUAGUGUGAUGGAUUAUUGGUGACGUGGAACUGAUCAGGUCAGGUGUUUGAUGGCACUAUCAAGAAAGUCGCGUCAUAUACGUUGACAUUUAAUCCCGCCUCAAAGCGAAUCAACAAGAGACUGAAGUGAAAUUCCUUCAUCAACACACAAAUCACAGGAGCUCAGUGAGUUUUCACCUCACACUGUGAGUCGCUGACAGGCAAUGCAUUGAUUGCCACCAAGCAUAAACGAUUAAUAACAACUCUGUCAAGUGUGUUGGCUUUGAAUGCCUCAGUGAGCCUUCAGUCAGCUGUAGUUGGUGUUUAAUGAAAGACAUUGGGGUUAGUCACAGUCAAGCAGCUGUCAAACAUGUUUGGUCUGAAAUAAAGGAAACACAUCUUGUAAGUGUUUCAACCACAGCUUACUGGCAACCUUUAUUCCGAGCAAUUAGACGCAGAUUUUAUUUAUCUUUCUAAUAUUUCUUAUUUAGUGUUUACCUGUUCUUUGUGUACUCUGUAGUAGUAAAUAUGUUUGUUACAGUGUCCCUCCAAAACAACUCGUAAAAAACUGAAAUUUAGUGAUGACGCUGCAUAGAAUUGUGUUAAAGUUCCUUAUGUGGGAUAGACAAGUAGAUUGACAGGGAUAGAUGUCAUUUCUUUCCAACUGUACCAAAGAAAUUAUUUAAAGUUUCUAAGCAACAUUGAUUAAUUUUGCCUUAAUAACAACCUUUUUUUUUUUACCAGCUUUACCCAACUAGUCAAUAAAGCCAGAAUCAGUUCUUAUUGUGCUUUCAAUUAAGUCAUUUUAAAAAGAGAAGUCUGUAGAAGUGCCUUUAAUGUAAUAUAACCACAUAAACUUUAUUUAGUUCAUGAAACUGCCUUAGGAGCGUGAUAUGUAACAGGUCCUCAGUGCAUUUAGUUACUUUUCAGUUGCUGUUCAGGGAAGGGAGGGAAACAUUGUUUGUACCUCUUGAUAUUAUGACCAAAAAUAUUUUAAAUGUAUCAUGUAAACUUUUGAUUUCACUAUAAUUGUGUCUAAUGUAUACAGAUAUUGUGUCAUAACGUUUGAACAAACAAUUCAAAUAGUUUCUCAAAGCUAUAUUUUAUUAUACCCUACACUAUAGAUUUUAAGUGUCUUAAUGUAAAGAAUGUAAAACUAGGGAUGUCAUCAUCAUCGUACCACAGAUCUGGUGUCUGGUCGUUGCCACACUCACUGAGAUUCCACUUCACUGAAUCUCUACUCAAUUCAAUACAAUUCGAGCUGUUGCUCACAGACAAACUCUCCUCGAUUUAAUCAGUGUGCAAGCAGUCGUUUAGAUUAACAAGAUGAAAGGCCGCUUUGCCAGAUUAGCUUAAAGAAAAUAUUAUUAGUCACUGUGAAAGCUGUUUGUUUUUACUGUGCCUGCCUUCUUCCACUUCUUCUUGUCGCCAAACUAAAGUUGCAAGGACGCCACAUAUUUCAUGCUGUCGUCAAAAGAACGUCCUGAGUUUUCACAAUAUUGGGUUUUGAUUCGGUAACAAGGCGUUGUACGGGUGACGUCCCUGUUUAAAUCACUAAAGCUAUUUUUGUCAAAGCACUUUACUUCAAGUGAGACGUCGUUUGUAUGCUUCUGUGUGAAGUCCUCACAUGACUAUCAUCCACUGCAAAGAUUAAGAUCUCCUCUUUGUACUUGCCUCAUGCCAAGCGAAAUGAUUAUUAAACAUUUGCACAAAUUGUAA